AUGAACCAACUAUGCUUGGAGUGUCCUGAGGCGAGGAAGAUAAUAUUCCGAGUUAUUGUCCGUGAUUACUAUUUUCUUUAUGAGUAUCUAUCACCCACGAUGCUCACUCAGCUCUUCGAUAAGAGCAAGGGAACAGUGACGAAUAAUGGUGAAUUCGAAACUUGCCUCGUCAAGCAGAAGCCUGUUGAGAAGAAGCCUACAGAGAAGAAGCCUGACGCGAAGAAGCCUGUUGAGAGGAACCUAGUCAAAGAACAACCUAUUCAAUAG